AGGAUAAAUACAAGCAUAUCUGUCGCAGCCACUCUCAGUUCCACAAACCACUUAAGACUGGAUGAAACCAUGCUCUUCUUCAGGCUCUGCACCACACUGUUGCUUGCAGCAGCCUAUUUGCUGACAUCAUCAGUUGUUUCCACGGAGAGAGCAGUCACUUGUGAUGACAGAUUCAAUGUCCAACGUCUGAGCUGCGAUUACGGAGUGAUCAGCGUGCAGUCAGCGCUGUACGGACGUGCAGAUCGUGAGACCUGCAGUGAGGGCAGGCCUCAGCAACAGCUUGAAAAUACAGAGUGCUCUCAAAGGGGCACCGUGGAUGUCCUUAAGAUGAGGUGUGAUGGCAUGAAGGUGUGUGAGAUAAACACAAAUCUUGUUCAUACCUCUGAUCCCUGCUUUGGCACCUACAAAUAUCUGGAGACCAACUACACGUGCUUCCCAGCAAUUCACACAGUUGCUUGUGAGCAGUCGUUGGCACAGUUGUACUGUGAUGCUGGGCAGGUUAUACUUGUCUACGGAGCUCACUAUGGACGCCUCGACCGGACCACCUGCUCUUACAAACGACCGGACUCUCAGACUGAAAAUGUGUACUGCUCAAACCCCAGCCCUAAAGUUGCUCAGAGCUGUAAUGGGAAAAACAGCUGUACUGUGACAGCCAGCAACUCAGUGUUUGGAGACCCCUGCGUUGGCACAUACAAGUACCUGGAGGUGUCUUUUGUAUGUGAAUAUCCUGUAAUCACCACUCUAUAAGUCUCUAAUAUGAAUGUGAGUGAGUGAGUUCGCUUUCACAAAUACAAGAUACAGAUUUCUGAGUCAUACAUGUUAUUGGGAAGUCUUGCUCAUAUGUACAGUAAAUCAGACUCUGUUAAUCUUACUUGUUAAGCUUGUGGUUUCUCACUGGGAAAUAUACAAUAUCUUUGUACCGUUUGCAAAACACAAUAAACAUGGACAAAAUGUGCUUGAUAUGAAA